AGCAGCCACGGGGCGGUGGGUCUCACGUUGCGAGGAGCCGCGAGCUGCGCCCCGCGGAAAGGGCGCGGGCGGGUGUCAGCGAGGCGGGGCCGGCGCGAGAGCUGGGCGGGGCCGGGCUCUAAAGUCCCGGCAGCCCCGAUGUCCCGCCAGUAGAGCGGGAUGGAGGGAAGCAGCGGCUGCAGGAUGGAGCGGGACGCGGGACAGGGGCCGUCCGCCUUCGACCUGCCCAAGGUAGAACUUCAUGUUCACCUGGAUGGAGCCAUUAAGCCAGAAACAAUCUUAUACUUUGGCAAGAAAAGAGGAAUUCCGCUCCCUGGUGACACUGUUGAAGACCUCUUGCAGCACAUCAGUUACACGGAGCCACUCACUCUAACCCAGUUUCUAGAAAAGUUUGCUCUCUACAUGCCUGCCAUUGCGUAAGUAACUUAUUUCCUGGUAACCACUGCAAGUUUCUCAUCGGUCUCAGGCACCUGCAAGCUAGAAUUGCCAAUUUGGGCCAUGAAUAGUCCUGAGAAUGCUUGCGC